ACCAAGAGCACUUUCAACAAUAGCACAGACGAGCACUUUACCCGGCUGAUGAAUUCGGCUUUAGAAGAGCGACACGUCCUGCCCGGGUGGACUUACGACGAGCCAAAGGUUGACGCCACGAUUCUCGAAGUCAACUUUGCUCAACCAUGUAAGAGAACCAGAUCAACUUGGCCCAGCGACUACCACUUCCAGUCUAAUCAUCCACGCCGUUCUUCCAUCACACCAAAUGUAGCGGUACACACUGACUUGGUCUACCUGGCUAGAAGAUUCGACAUCCCCAUCAAUGCCCUCCACAACUUCAUGCGCUUCCCGCCCAUCCGCGCCGUCGUCCGUACCCUCCUCAUCGAACUAGAACACCCUGACGCGCAAGCCUCACCGCAGCUAGACGAGCUCGCGAUCCUCGACAGAGUAGACGACGUCGUUACCAGCCCCGGCCCGCAGUUCGCAGACAGAGCCCUGAUCCUCUGCCUCGUCAAGCUCUGCGCCCAGUUCGAGGGCUGGAACCGCUGGGCGUUUGGAUCCCGCCGCUCGACGAUCCGGGUCUUCAUGGGCGUCGUAGGCCUCUUUUGCAACGCGUGGGUGAAGGCGCCGACGGUUGAUGCCUUGUGGUCGCGGGCCGGUGCGUCUUCUUUGCCUUCCUUUCUCUCUUCUAAGCGCUUCGGUGUAUCUGAGUUUGAGACUCCAUCUCCACAGAGCAGACUCACACCCGAGAUCUGGUUCGAUUGGUCCCUUCUCUUCGACCCCUGGCUCAGACGAACUAACGCAAUUCAGCUGCUGAAUCCGGAACCUGUAUCCGUAACCAUAGUCGUGACGGAAAUCACUCAGCCGGAACCCGAAAAGCAGGGCCGCGUCGUGGUCAAGUACCACGACGACAGGAAGCCCGACGAGGAGCGCUGGGCGUUCCGCUCGAUUCUCGACUCGCGGUGGUCCGGCUCCGGUAAGACGCCGCGGACGGGGCUGCAGUAUCUCGUUGAGUGGGAGUACGCCGAGCCGACGUGGCAGCCGGCGAGGGACCUGCAGGGCUGCGAGUCGUGGGUGUUGCAGUUCCAUCGGGAGAAUCCUGGUAGGGCUGGGCCUGUGGCUAGGUUGAGGCGGGCUUUGUGAAGAAGGAAAAGCUUGCUGAUGGUUGGUUGGAUGUAGGGCUGUGAGGUUGGUACUCUGAACGUCACCUCCUUGAUGCCUUUUUUUUUGGCAUUGAAUAGUGUUCGGCUUUCAGACGAAGUGAGUAAUGUGCCCCAUCAAGGGGCGUUCGAAGAGACGGUAGAGAACGCCGGAACUGUCGGGUCGAGAUCACUUUCAUACAUUUCUGAUAUCCUACGAUGUGUCCCUACUUUUCUAUUUCAUCUCGCUUCCCUUUCUCUUCCUUUUAAUACCAUUACCGUGACAUUUGAUACUAAUACCAAUAGUUGAAUUACCUCUUACCGUACGUUUGACAGGC